UGUGGUGUGCUGGAGGGAGGGAGAGAGAGGGGAGAUCCUCCCAACCCCGCUCCCCGCCGCUCCUGCGGCUCAACUCCAUCCACCGUCCUCCUCCCCUUGGCGGCCUGCUCUGCCCUGCUCAAGCCAUGAGCGCCACGGCCAUCCACGCCUCCGCCGUCCUGCGCCGCCGCGCCAUCGCCGACGACCUCGGCCUCGACGCCCACCACGACGCCUACUGGGCCGCCGCGCCCCGCCUCUACGACUUCUCCAAGCACCACCUCUUCAACCACCACCACCACCACCACGACGACCACGACGACAAACUCGACCUCAAGCCGGAGCACGACGACCUCGACCCCAAGCCGGAGCACGACCAGGACCUCCCCAAGCCGGAGCAGAAGCGCGACCUCGCCAAGAAGGAGCACCAGCGCGACCCGGCGCCGCGCCCGGAUCCGCUCCCACCCGCGCCGUCCCCGCGAGCGCCUUCGCCUGCGCCGCCGCCGAGGAAGCCCACGAGCGCGCACCUCUGCCUGCUCGCGCUGCAGGGCACCGGCCUCGGCUGGGGCGUGCGGAAGCGGGUCCGCUACGUCACCCGCCACCGCGCCGCGCGCCACGACGACCGCCGCGCACGCCUUUCGCCCGCCGUCGUCGCCGAGAACCCGCACGAUCGCCGUCCCGCGCCCGCCACUGCCGUCCACGAGAGCGCGGACGCGGACGAGGGCAGCUCCAGCAACGUCAAGACCAAGGACCUGCUCGGGCUGCUCGGGGAGACGCGGGCGGACGCCGAGGAGGGAGGAGAGAGCGGCCGCCAGGAGGAGGAGGAGGAGGAGGAGCGCGAGGUGCCGGCCGUGGAGGAGGAGAAGACGACGAGGAAGCGGAGGAGGAGGAAGCCCGGCAGUGUCCACAGCUUCAGCCUCCCCAAGCGGAGGGUCCGGAAGCCCGCUCCCGCUCCAAAGCUCGAGGUUUUCGAGGACGCCGACGCGGGGCCGGAAGCAGAGAGCGACCGCAAGGUGGCGGCCAGGGCGGACAAGGCCAAGAGGAAGAGGAAGGACGUUCGUCGCCGUGGCCGUGGCGUCGCCAAGCGCGCCAAGAAGGCGGCCCCGCCGGUGCCGGAGGUGGAGCGCAAGGUGGUCAAGGCGGAGAAGAAGAGGUGCCCGCCGGAGGAGGAGGAGGAGGAACGCAAGGUGGUCAAGAAGGAGAAGAAGACGAACCUGCCAGAGCAGAAGAAGGACGAGCGCACGGCGGUCAAGGCGGAGCGGAAGAGGGGCCCGCCGGAGGAGGAGCGCACGGCGGUGGUGCUGGUGGCCGUCAAGAGGGAGAGGAAGAGCAAGGCUCCUCUCCGCGGCCGCGCCGUCACCGUCACGGAGGAGCCGGAGACGAAGCCCCCACGCGCCGGCGUCAAGGCCGAGGAGGCCGCCGCCGCCGCAGCCGCCUUGGCCGCGGCGCCGCGCGGCAUGGUCGACCGGUGGACGGCCACGCGCUACGCGGCCGCCGAGGCGUCGCUGCUCGGCGUCCUGCGCCGCUUCGGCGCGCGCCCCGGCAAGACCGUCCCCCGCGGCGAGCUGCGGCAGGCGGCGCGCAAGCACGUCGGCGACACGGGCCUCCUCGACCACCUCCUCAAGCACACCGCCGACAAGGUGCCGCGCGGCAGCGCCGAGCGCAUCCGCCGCCGCCACACCGCCGACGGCACCAUGGAGUACUGGCUCGAGCCGGCCGAGCUCGCGGCCCUGCGCCGGGAGGUCGGCGUCGACCCGUACUGGGUGCCGCCGCCAGGGUGGAAGCGCGGGGACCCCGUCUCCGCCGACGGCUACGCGCUCAAGGCAAAGAAGCAGGUGGAGGAGCUCACCAAGGAGCUCGCCGGAGUAAAAAGGCACAUGCAGCAGCUGGUGAAGGCACAUCAAGGCACAAUGAACAAUGAAGUGAAGCCUGAGGCACCCAAAGCCUGCAUUUCUCAUGACCCUUAUCAGGACAAGUAUGAGUGUGUGCUGAAGGCCAAUGGCAAUCUGGAAAAGCAAGUUCUGUCCUUGGAGGAGAAGUACGCCGGCGCGACACGGUCGAAUGGCAAGCUGGAGCAGGAGGUUCUGUUCCUCAAGGAGAAGUAUGAGGCUGUGCUUGAGAAGAACAGCAGGCUGGAGCAGCAGGUGGCUGCUCUGUCCACUUCUUUCCUGUCUCUCAAGGAGGGCAUGCAGUUUCUGAAUGAUGGGGAGCAGCAGCAGCAGCAGCAGCAGCUGCGGAUCAUGGGAGCGGAGCCGCGUCUUCUUCUGUGCGCCAGGGAGUGCCGCCAAGCUGACAGGCAGGAACCGAGCAAUGGCGCAGGCGACCAGCUCGCCGACGGCGGGAGGCGCAGGGAGUGGCCGCACGAGGCGCAACCGUCGUCCCCGCGGACCCCGACGGCGGCGAGGGUCGCGUCCGUGGACGACGACGGGUGCGCGAUGGAUGGUGGUUUGGAGCUCCCGCCCACGCCGCCGUCGGCAUCCUCCACCAACGCCGCCUCCUCCGCCAAGCUCCUGCUCCUCCCCGCCCCGGACUCGCCGGUCCAGCCACCCCCGCAGCCGCCGGCCACCAGCAGCAGCAGCGCCAGGGUUGACGUCGGCCUCCAGGAGCCAGCGGAGUCCCGCUCCGGCGGCCUCGACCUGCAGCUCCGGCACACGGCGCAGGACGCGACGGCGUCGCUGCCGUUCCCGUGCGGAGCCGCCGCCGGCCUGCCGGAAGGCGGGAAGACGGCGACGGCCGGCGGCCGCGGCAGAGUGGGCACCGAGCUGGCCCUCGCCACCCCCUCCUACUGACCGACCUUCCAAGUUUUUGCCCCCCAUCGCCAUUGACGAGACAGAUCGUAGCAAGCCACCACCAGUCCACCACUGCACAGGAAACAGGAUAGAAGAAGGAAGAGGAUGAAGAAAGACAAUACUGUGGCAUCGCUUUCGUUGGGAUCUCCAUUGCCAACCUUUAGUUUUCUUCUUGUUUGUUCUCUAGUAUGUUCGUCGUCGCCAUGGAUCAGACUUUGAUUUCGAGACCUCGUCUUUCUGUAUGUUGCUGUUUAAUCUGUUCGUCAUGGACCAGAAAUUGGAGACGGCUUAACUA